GAGGGGUGCAUUUCUGGACAUAACACCAGCAGUCUACAUUACUACUUUGACCCAUCAGAGUCCUCGGUAGACUUCCACAACGAUCCAACAGCUCCAGGAUGAUUCACGUUUCCAACAGACGGUCCCUUCACUAUCAGCAUGGUGCCUUCACUGACCUGGUGUUCUACACUGUUGUCUUCCUCGCCCUGAUGAACUCAUGUAGAGCUCAGUCUGAGGUGAUCGUUCCAUCUCAGCCAGUAGUUUCAUUGGUGGGUGAAGACAUUAUUCUGCCAUGUCACCUGGACCCCGUCAUGAAUGCUUUUGACAUCACUGUGGAGUGGGCGAGACCUGACCUGAACCCCAGAUUUGUCCUGGUGUGGCGUCACGGCGAAGAACUGAAGACUAAAAAACAUCCGUCCUUCAGUGGAAGAACAUCAGUGUUCAUCGAUGAGCUGGAGAAGGGAAACAUCUCACUGAAACUCUCCAAAGUUAAAGUCUCUGAUGAGGGAGGAUACAAAUGCUUCCUGCCUACAUUGUCAAAAACCUCCACUGUUCAGCUUGUUGUAGGUUCUGUCUCCUCACCUGUUGUUCAGAUGACCAAAAACAACAAUGGAGUGUUGUUAGAGUGUGAGUCUGCAGACUGGUAUCCAGAGCCAGAGAUGUUUUGGCUGGACGGCGAGGGAAACCUCCUCUCUGCUGAACCCACUGAGACAGUCAGAGGUCCUGAUGGUCUCUACACUGUCAGCAGCAGAGUGACUGUGGAGAAGAGACAUGGGAGGAAGUUCACCUGUAGAGUCACACAGAGGAAGAUCAACCAGACCAGAGAGAAGCACCUCACUAUUCCAGAUAAUUUCUUUGUGGCCCCCUACUCCCAGUCCCUCCAGUCCUCCCAGUCCUCCUGGUACUCAGCAUGUUGUUAUCGGCGCUGUGAUUGGCUGUGCUGCUUUGCUGUUCAUUCCUGCGAUCAUCUUUGUUGUGUGGAGACGGAGACAAAAGAAAUUCAAAAACAAGAAGAGGAGACGUGAGGAUGGAAGUGAACACUCUGAGGAAGAAAAACCAGUCACAUCUAAAAGUGAUAAAACAGGAUUUCAGGUUGUGAAUGAAGGAGAAAAAGAAAAACUUCCACUCAUUUCAGUUAAAGAAGAAGAGAAUAAUGCUGACAAAACAGAAGAAAAGAGUGAGACUGAAGAUGAGAUUGUGACAGAACCAGAGCCAGUAAAAGACAUCGUCUCUGCAGCAGGAAAACGUGAAACGAAGGAAACAGAUCUACCUGAGAUUCUAAAAGAAGAAGAAACAAACCAAGAGCAGGAACAGGGACAAAGACGAGAAACAAAUGAUGGAGACGAGAGUGAAGAGGAGACAGUGAAACCAGUUAGAGACGAUUCAGGACUUUCAAUACAAAUAAAACACAUCAAAACCGAUCAGUUGAUUGAGAGGGAAGAGACACAGCAAGAGGCAUUGAGUGAUGAAGACGAGAAAGAGACAAAAACUGAGAAGGAGAGACCAAAGAUGGAUUAUAGGGAGGAGCAGACAAAUAAAGGAGUCUCUGGAUCGACAGGACAGAAGAAGCAAAAGGAGAAAGGAAUCAAACUGAAGGCAGAUAGAGAGAG